CCCCUUGGCCCCCGUCGCCUCCGGACGAGAAACCAUCGCCACACACGCGCGCCCAAAUCUUUUCCACCCGUCGGCUCGUCGGUAUAUACGCCAAGGAAGCCAGCGAGUCACUCCUCUCCCUUUUCCUUCCUUCCUUCCUUCCUUCCAUAUCCAGAGAUCGAAUCAAGGCUUGGCUAGUUCUUGGCUAGCUGUACCAUCUGCUAGCGGCGACGAUGGUGGCGCCGGUGGUGAUCGCGUCGGCGGGGCUGGGCAUGCUGGCGGGCGUGGCGAUUGCGAACCGGUCCCUGGGGGACGGGCUCCCCGCCGCCUCCAGGUGGGACGCGCGGCCGCGCUGCGCCACGUGCGGCGGCUCCGGCAGGGUGGAGUGCCUCUGCAACCGCUGGUCCGACGGCGACUCUGGGUGCCGGUCCUGCGCCGGGUCGGGCAGGAUGCCGUGCCGCAGCUGCGGCGGGUCGGGCACGGGAAGGCCGCUCCCUGCGCGGCUCAUCGUCCAGCACCAGAAGCCGCCACCUGCGACCGGCCGCGGCAACUACAACUGAUCAGUUAGGUUAUUAUUCUGGCGCGCGCGAGGUGCAUGCAAAACGAAGGAACUCCGAUUCCCCAAGUAUAUAUGUCGAUCCAUUCAUGUGGAUGAGAUAUUGUAUAUGGUUGUCUACUUCAAGAAUAGCUAUUACAUGAGCAUAUAUACUUGGUGUUGCUGUUGUUCGAUCGGUUAAUUUGCAUAUUGCACAGCACAUGCAACAAGAAAGAAAAAAGAGGAGAGGCUAGGGCAAGUGAUGAUGAACAGUUUUGUUGGGGAAGGUUGUAGUUGAUCGUGGAUGUAACUAAUAUAUGCUUAGAUUCGUUAAUAUACGCAGAUGCACGGUUACAGGUCUC